UUUCGGAUUUUUUUUAAGCUGUAUUCUGACCGAUUCACCCGAUUCCCGCUUCGGAUCGCCGAUUCGCCGAUCCGGAUCGGUUUUUUGGGUGUCCGAUCCGGGUCAUCGAUCCAUUUUUUAAACCAUUGGUUUAUAUAGUGGAUAUGUGAGAUUGUGUGUUCCAUCUGGCCAGGGGAUGUGCUUUCUGGAACAACUUCAAGUGGGGUUCAUCACUUAGGAAUUUUGGAAGAAAUAUUUGGAGCCCAUUGGUGGAAUGGGCGUGCUUUUGUCCUGCUUGUAACGACACUUUGUGUAUUUGCUCCGCUAGUGUCCUUCAAACGUGUAGAUUCUUUGAGAUAUACAUCUGCACUAUCGGUGGCUCUUGCCGUAGUGUUUGUUGUCAUUACAGCAGGCAUUACGAUUGUUAAGUUGAUCAAUGGCAGUAUUGGAAUGCCAAGAUGGGUGCCAAAUGUAACUGAUAUGACAUCAGUCUGGAAACUCUUCACUGUUGUCCCUGUUCUUGUCACAGCCUUCAUCUGCCAUUACAAUGUUCACUCUAUAGACAAUGAGCUCGAGGAUCCUUCAAGCAUGCAAUCCAUAGUUCGCAGCUCUCUUGCCCUCUGCUCAGGCGUGUACAUAACCACCAGCUUCUUUGGUUUCCUCCUCUUUGGAGAUAACACCUCUGAUGAUGUCUUGGCCAACUUUGAUUCCAAUUUGGGAAUCCCUUAUAGCUCGGUCCUUAAUGCAGCUGUUCGAGCUAGUUAUGCAGUUCACCUGAUGUUGGUUUUUCCACUUAUUUUCUUUGCAUUGAGGCUCAACUUGGAUGGCCUCAUCUUUCCAUCAGCUAGGAGGUCUUUGGUCUCAGAUAAUAAGCGGUUUAGUUUGAUUACGGUGGGCUUGAUUGUUAUUGUAUAUGUGGGGGCCAACCUCAUACCAAGCAUAUGGGAUGCUUUCCAGUUUACGGGGGCUACUGCUGCUGUCUGCCUUGGGUUCAUCUUCCCUGCUGCCCUUGCUCUAAAGGAUCCACACUCCAUAGCUACAAAGAAGGACAAGGUUCUUGCAGUUACAAUGAUUGUCCUCGCUGUUUUCUCGAAUGCUUUGGCCAUUUACAGUGAUGCCAAUGCCUUGUUCAACAAGACCGAUUCUUCUCCAAGGGCUUAAGCUGGCUUUAUUGUAUAUAUAUAUUGCUUUGAAGAAUCGGUCAGCAAGGAAGAAUAGGCUACGAGCGACAGAAAAAAAAGGAAAAUCAACUGUUUUCCUGCGAGGAUCACUUUAAUAAUGUCUACAGUGGCCAUUCAAUAUAUAAGCUAUUUUGGUGUCUUAGAUUGGAUGGGAUGCAUUUCAUUGAACUUUGAUUGAGGGCUUGAAGUAGUAUGUGUGUCAGCCAUGUGGCUUGGCCUGCAAAUAAUAAGGAAGAUAGACUGUUGUGUAAGUUCUGUGAGUCAAUUAUAUAUAUUGGGCAUUGAUUUUUUUGAAAAU